CUAUGAAAGUUGGACGAUUUUACUGAGUGACAAAUUUACAGUUGGAAAACAGGAUGGAUGGCGUUGGAAGCUGACAGUGACUGGCAACGUCAAUCAAUAAAAGACCUUAUCGGACAUGAAUCAUCGUGUUUCACGACUCUUAUUGAUCACUAAUCGGUACAUCUAUGCCAGUAUAAAUCUAAAUGCCAUCAGUAGUUUAACCGGAGCCUUCCAGGAAACAAGUUUUCAUACGAGCUGGAAGUAUAAAAUUAAAUUUAAAAAAUGAAAUUAUUUCUUACACUUGCAUCGGUCGUCGCUUGUUUCAACCUCACGUUGCUGAAGGCCUAUCCACAGCCUGAAAAUAGUCCAGCAGAUCUAGGAGGAUUGUUGAUCAACGCAGUGCCGACUUCAGUUACUGCCGAAGAUAUACCGCCUGAAGUAUUAUCUCCCGAAUUUCCUCAUUUAGCGUUGAAGUGCAUUUCAGAAGACGACUGGAAAACGAUCGAGUUUUGUGAGAAAGAAACUGAACUGAAAUUGAACAUGACUAAACCUACUUUCAAACGUGGCGCUUCAAAAGAGGAAAUAGACAAAUUUUUGGAGGAAGACAAGAAAUUCGGCCCGUUUGCUUGCGAAUGUUUAGUAAAGAUAAUGGGUGUGGCUGAUGAAAUGACAAGCCAGCUUGACAUGGCCGGUUAUGGAAAAUUCUACGAAACUACUUCUCUAUCUUCUGAACAGAAGACAUUGGCUAGCGCCGAUUUUAUUUCGUGCAUGACGGCCAACUUAAUCAGACCUUCUUUACCUGUCUUCGUUCGAUGGACUGAGUCAAGCAAGGAAGUUAUUGCUGGCAACUUGAUCACGGCCAACCAUGUCAUAGCAUGUGACCUACACUCCUUGAUUAAGAAUGGCUGUCCCGAUACUUCCGUCAGCAAUUCAACUCUGGUUUGGUUUUUGCAAAAUCUACAGACCCGCAUAGCAAAAGAGAUUAUUCAUUAAAAACAAGGUGGUCGGCGACGGCGAUCCAUAAAUUCAGUACUUUCAUUGAUGACAACUUUUUCCCUCCUGAUGAAUUCGAUUGCAUGCGCUAGCCAAUUAUGUCGCACCAACAUCAUGUAACGGUAUAGCUGUGUCUGCAGCAAUAUUGUAACGAGAUAUUUUAGUUUUUCGUCACUCCAAUCGUUGGUGAAAGCAUAUAACCUUUUUCUAUCCAUAUUUGAUACUAUUGUUUGUUUUUUUGGCAAGUAAAAAACUCCAGCGAUUUACUCAAUAAAUGGCAAAAUCUGACUGGAA